GAGAACAGACUUCAGGAUCAUUGCUGUCGAGAAAAAAGAAAAAAAAUACACAAAUUCUCUCUUCCGUCAUUAAGGGAAGGGCUUCAUUGCUUCAAUGACAUGAUUUUAUUUGGCCCGAAUGUGAGACUCCCGGUCGAGGGGAGCAAUCCUAUCCAUCCCAUCACAAUCUAUGUCGGGUAAGUUUGCUACAAGAAAGAAAAAACCGACAUAAUUUGUCUAUCUUGUGGACUCUGUGAUGGACUUGCUUCACUCCUAAACUACUUAGAAUGUGACAAUUUCUUCAUGAAUUCUUUUAGAGCUUUCUGAUUUCAGUGGAUUUACGUCAUGAGAGACUGGUCGCCAAGAGGUAAAAAAUGGCUUAAAUUUGCAUCUGUAGAAACAAUCGCGCGUGAACAGCUGAUACAAAGCACAACAUCAAGGGAAACAAAAGAAGAAAUGGAUGAUAAUUUAGAGACCAAGGGGAAUUGGCUUCCUGGUGACUUGCUUUUUGAGGUUUUUCUUCUACUUCCAGCUGAAACUCUCUGCAAACUGCGUUGUGUAUGCAAGUCGCUUCUCAACAUGAUCAACAGUACGAGUUUUAUUGAAGAUCACUUUCGUCAGUCUGAGAGAGUUCUAAUUACUGAAAUUUCCUUUCACAAGGAAAACAUACGGUCACCUUUUCCACUACCUUCAGAUAAGAAGAAUGAACUUUAUUUCCAUUUCUGGGAUAUCCAUAGCGGCAAAGGCCAUAAAGUUUGUAUGCCAGAUACUUUGGGGAACAUAAAGUGCAUUUUGGCUGCCUGCAAUGGUUUGGUCCUUGCCAAGAUUGCGAAAAAUGGAGGUCUAGUUGUUAUGAAUCCAAGUACACGGAACCACGUUAGAAUGCCUCUUGGUACGAUUGGCUUCGCGCAGGAGUGCUAUGCCUUCAUGUUCAGCCAUUUCACAGGUUCUUAUAAAGUAGUACACUUAUUCCGCGGUAACUCUAGAAACAUUCGCUGUGAGAUCCUGAACCUCACAACAAGAUCGUGGCAUGCAGUGGAUGGACCUAAAUCAGGAGAAUUUGGAUUGAUCACAACUCAUAGAUCUGUUUCAGCAAUUGGUGCUUUGUAUUGGCUUCCACAGAUUGAUGGCUGUAACCAUGUUGUCUCCUUGGGAUAUCAUGAUGAGAAAUUCCUAACUGUACCUCUACCAAUCAGCAGCACGAAAAACGAUCGACUCGUUGAAAUUGGAGGGUCCCUGAGCUUCAUAACUCAUGCCACAUUGAAUUUGAUUCAGGUAUGGAUACUGAAGAAUGGGAAUUGGUUAAAGAGGUAUAGUAUCAACAGGUUAUAUGAUAUCACAGGAUUUAUUCCCCUUUGUGCGUCGACUAAGGAGAUAUUUUUCCAGAGAGAAGAAGGAUACCCUUUGUUACAUAUUUACAACUUUGAAGCUGAAGAAAUGCAGGAGAUCAAUUUUAAAGGCACCAACAGAGUUGGAGAUCUUUAUAUGCCUCAUGUAAAGUCCCUUGUUUCAUGGGAUAAUCCUCAACUUCAAUGAGAUGUGUAAUAUAUGGCAUUAAAACUUUGAAGUUAAUAUUAUGGUUCUGCAAUAAGAAACUUAAAUAUGUAAAGUUAAAGAGAUGAAAUGAACUUAACAUGUGCAUUCACUGUUUAUUUAUAAUAUUCGGUCUGGUAUGCAUAAGAAAAAAAGGCUUUAGCAAUGUCAAUGAAGGAUUUUGUUGCAGUAACAUGAAAAACAACCAAAUUUCAUACAAGGCAUCAAGAGAAUCCACUGUAAAAGUAAAUCAUAUUUGCUAAGCUAUUGCUAUGUAUGUGCUGGAUCCAGUAAACAAGGCACAAUCCAAAGACACGAAUUCAGUCGAAUAUCCAGUUUCCAAGAAGGCCAGAAAUAGUUGCAGGGACACCUUGGCUACCUAGCCUUGCUGAUUUCAAAUGAAUAGUUGAGCUCCAAAUGACAUCUUUUAUCAUCAUCCAUAAACU